AUGAGUUCCUUAAGUGCGGAUGGAUCGUCGUGUUCAAAAAAAUCAGGAGAUAAAUCUGACAGCAAUGAAGAUCUUGAGGUGGAUAAUUCCAAAAGUGUACUGCUUAAAAUAGCAACACUCUAUGCUGAACAAUUGAUGAGUGAUUUAACACUGGAAGUUGGUGGUGUAGGCUAUCCAGCACAUCGGCUAAUACUUUGCGCGAGUAGCGAAGUGUUUCAGGUUAUGCUAAUGAACCGAGAAUGGAGCGAGUGGAGGGAGAGUCGCAUUGUGCUGCAGGAGACAUCCACGGCUGCUACUGUUUUUCCACAUUUUCUUAAGUACUUCUAUACUGGUCAAAUAAAAAUAUCUCAUAAAACUGUUCUGCCAGUACUUUCCCUGGCGGAUAAAUAUAAUGUCAAGGAUCUAGUCACUUUAUGCCUUGAUUAUAUGUCACAACAUAUUGCCCAGGCUGCUAAGCGUGGCCAACUUAUAGCUUGGAUGCAGUAUACUAUGGCCUGUGGACAUGAAGAAGUUUCCAAAGCUUGUCAGAACUUUGUAAAGUGGAACUUGGAAUGGGUGUGGCUGGACAGUGAAUUGGACGAGCUGGACGGUGAAAUCCUAGUGCAGCUGCUGCAGCAGAGUGACCUGGUUAUUCACAAUGAGAUGAGCGUCUACAAGUUCGUGGAACGUUGGCUCAAUCGGCAAAAAGAGCGCCUAGGUUUGUGCAAUUCCUCAGCAGACAUUGGCAAUGCCGAUGGCUCAAAUUCACCGGCUUCCAGUGACAUGGCCGAGUUGAAGGCACAUUGGGACUCCCUUGUUGCGGCCGUAUUCUCCCACGUCAGGUUCCCCAUGAUGUGCCCCAAUCAGCUGGCCAAACUGCUGCUCAGCCCGCUCACUCAGGAGCACAAGGACUUCUUCAUGGAGAGGAUGGCCAUAGCGAUGAGCUACCAGUCUGGGCAGUCGGAGCGCGUCGGCGAGGUGCAGCAGGCGGAGUGGGGCCGGGCGCUGUUCACGCCGCGGCUGUACACGGAGGACACGUGGGGCUCGGUGCUCGCCGUGGACAGCUUCCACUCGCUGCCGUGCUACCACGUGCGCACGUUCAUCUUCUCCACGCGCCCGUCGGCGGCCGACGGCGGCCAGCCGGAGCGGCCCACCGAGUGGACGGUGGACCUCUACCCGAAGGGGGUCUGGUUCAGGAAGAGCAUGCUCAUCGCCUGGUCGGGCACCUACGACGUGCCCGAGGUGGUACUCCGCACCGUCCGCAUCUCCAUCACGUGCCAGAGCGUCGCAGCGGGGGAGCCCUACCGCCCGGAGCCCGACGUCAGGGUCAAGAUUGGCAUCCUGGUAUGGGGAAUCCAGAAAGGUGUAGAGCACGUAUCCUCCGUCGUUGAGAGGGUCCAUCGAUUCUCAGCUCAGAACAGGGUGCUGAACAUCGACAACGCUCUGGACUUCGACGAGCUGAACACACCCCUGUACACGCCAUCACAGCCUCCCUCGUCCAACUACAAGGGGCCUGGCGGCCGCUGUCCAAAGUGCGUGGAUAGCUGCGUCUAUCCUGAGCCACCGCACCUACUUGGUACCAAUCGGGAUCAGCUCAGGAUCCAAGUGGUCAUCGUCCCGCUGACCGACUACUGCUACGUGAGCCCGCCCGAGGUGACCCUCGGA